CCUAUUGCAUUCCCCCACAAGUGCUGCUGGGAAAACAUGGCCGCCACCAUAACAGUCGGAUACACAUAGCGUUUCUUUGUAUUUUUUCAGCAGAUAAACAAAAUUUGAUGCUUAAACAAGACUUAAUGCAAAGUGAACACAAUGCCGCAAUACUACGAAGAGAAGGAGGAGGACGCUCGCGCCUGUGCCGGAAUCAGAGAAGAUUUUAAAGCCUGUCUCCUUCAGCAUGACUGCGUUGUAAAGGAAGGCAAAAAGCCCAGUGAGUGUCUAAAGGAGGGACACUGCAGAGCCCUGCAGGUUUCUUUCUUUGAAUGUAAAAGAUCAAUGCUGGAUACAAGAUCUCGGUUCAGAGGCAAAAAAGGCUAUUAAAUGAAUCCUGGUUUAUUUUUACUAGUGGCCCUAAGAAGGUGGUGAUGGAACUCCACUAAAUGAUUGUAAUUUCAUUGUAAAUAUGAGAUUUGACAUUGGUUAAUGCAUUUGGCUACUCAAGGUUGUGGAUUCAAAUCCCAGUGCUGCCACUAUUGGAUUAUGAGCAACACGUUGUUUCCGGUCUUAAGUUGCUUUGAAGAAAAGUGUCAACUAAUUGAGCAUGUGUUGCUUUUCCUUGUAGUUACUCAAAGUAGCACUUAAAUGUUCACACUAUACAUAUUUGUGGUGUAAUACACUGUUGGCUCGAGGCCUGUGUGAAUAAAAUUGAUUUUUUUUUUGUAAUAAACAUGUCAGACUUCUUUACAUAA